AUGUUUCAUGCUUUGCAAACCAAGCCAGGAGGACGAGCUAAGAGAAUGGCCAUUCAGACAGACAUGAAUAAAGCAUACAAUAGAAUGGAAUGGUUUUUUAUAGAGGAUGUCAUGAGAAAGAUGGGCUUCUCCGAGGUAUGGAUUGAAUGGAUUAUGAGAUGUGUCACCUCGGUCAAGUACCAAGUUUUGAUAAAUGGAGAACCCAGGGGACAUAUAGUUCCAGAGAGAGAUCUACGUCAAGGAGAUCCUUUGUCUCUUUUCAUAUUUAUUCUAUGCACAGAAGCGCUCGUUAGCCUUCUUAGUCAAGCAGAGAAUCAAGGGAAGAUAAUGGGGAUGCGAGCAUCUGGAAAAUGCAUAAACUUUGAAAAGUAUUCUCUGCUCUUUGGCAAGAGGAUACUAGCGAAUGAACGUCAACAGAUCAAAGACACACUGGGAAUCCAAAAUGAAGAAGAAAUGGGGUCAUAUUUAGGAAUACCAGAGGAUAUCAGUGGGUCUAAAGGAGAAGCUGUUACACAGAGUGAAUGGAUGAACUGGCAGAUGGUUAUCAAAAGGAGGAAAGGAAGUACUGAUUAA